AUGUCUCCGACUGCUGGUACUGGACGGGAGAAGGAGUCGAACACCGCGCGACUUCUGGGCUCCGGCUCCGCUGGUAUCGCUGAAUUGGCCGUCUUCCACCCCGUCGACACCAUCGCGAAGCGCUUGAUGAGCAACCAGACCAAGAUCUCCGGCGUCGAGCAGCUCAACAAGGUCAUCUUCAAGGACACCGCCAACGCGACAGCGGGCCGCAAGUUCGUUUCGCUCUUCCCCGGUCUGGGAUACGCCGCCGGCUACAAGGUCCUCCAGAGAAUAUACAAGUAUGGCGGUCAGCCCAUCGCCAGGGACUUCUUGGCCAAGAACUAUGGCGAGGACUUUGAGCGCGCCUUCGGCAAGAAGACUGGCAAGGCUAUCAUGCACUCCACCGCCGGCAGUUUGAUUGGUAUCGGAGAGAUCGUCCUCCUUCCCCUCGACGUCCUUAAGAUCAAGAGACAGACAAACCCCGAGGCCUUCCGCGGCCGUGGUGUUUUCAGAAUCGUCGCCGACGAGGGCUUCGGCCUGUACAGAGGUUGGGGUUGGACCGCCGCCCGUAACGCUCCUGGUUCUUUCGCUCUCUUCGGUGGUUCCGCCUUCACAAAGGAGUACCUUUUCAAGCUCGAGGACUACAACAAGGCCUCGUGGUUCCAGAACUUCAUCGCCUCCAUCGCCGGCGCCUCCGCCUCCCUCCUCGUCUCCGCUCCCCUCGACGUCAUCAAGACCCGUAUCCAGAACCGCAACUUUGAGAACCCCGAGAGUGGUUUCAGAAUCAUCUCCAACAUGAUGAAGAACGAGGGUGCCACCGCAUUCUUCAAGGGCCUGGUUCCCAAGCUCCUCAUGACUGGACCCAAGCUGGUCUUCUCAUUCUGGCUUGCACAGACCCUCAUUCCCGCCUUCGAUGGCAUGAUUAAGAAAUAA